UUUCUUUCUCCUCGUUCUGGCUCUCUUGCGAUGGUGGGGGACGCCGCCGUGGCCGACAAGCCCUCGGGGUCGCCGGCGAGCGGCGAUUUCGUCAUCCGCCACUGGCGGCGGUUCCGCCCGGCGACCAGACCGGUGGCCCUGGACGUCGGCCGCGCCUCCCCCGGUGAUUUUGAGCGCGGCCAUCGGACCGGAUACACCAGCCUCCGCGACCUCAUCGGCUCGCCUCCGCUCCCAAGCGGGGCCCUGUCCCCGGCCUCCCCCUGCGGCGGCGACGGGGGAGGGGAGAUCCGGAUCAAGAACCGCCUCGUGAAGCAGGCGGCGUACGCGUACCUCCAGCCGACACCGUCCGCGGGGGGGCACGACUUGCACCGCCGUCGCCGCUGCUUCAGAUCGCUCCGGCAGGCCCUUGCGUUCCUCACCUGCGGCAUCGCGGUGGAGCCGCUCGACUCCUGCAUCGAGUUCCUCCGCCGCCUCUUCCGCCGUCCACGGCGAUGACUCCUCUUGACGCCAGCGCUAACGGCGUUUGACGGCACAACGAAACGCCAUCCAGAGGAAUCCAGCCUCGUCCUCGACGUGGUGACAAUAAACGAGUAAUUGUGUUGGAUGGAUGAUUGGCUGGCGUGCAUUGGUGAGGCAAUGUCAGGAAUGAUAAGCCUUUACUGAGGGCCAAAGCACCGAGGACCAACGAUGACAUAGUCUUCAUGUGUCGUUGUUGAAGACUUGGCUAGCCGGGAAGAAGAAUUGGGCUAAUUUCUGAAUGAUCUUUUCUUUUUAGAUUUUUUAUUGACAGGUAUUUUUUUUUGCAUGUUUUUUAAUAAAUAUUUCUCGUUUAGCAUAAUUCUUGAAAUAUCUUUUGAUAAAAUAAUUGGAGUAGUACGACUGGAUAUACCAUAUGGACUGAUUCAUCACAAUCUCUUCUUUCACGUUUCUUGGUCUUUGUCUCAUCAUAGUCCAGUGCUGACGGUCAAAAUUGGUUGCUUACUGUUCGGUUUCCGAACCAGAUAUCAGAAUAAAAUGCUGCCGCUCAACGUGGGAAGGAAGCUCGAAUAUGGCAACAGUGUGAUGGGCGUCGCAUUAAGUGGUGCAAUUACGUUCCGUUGUAUGCAUUCAGAGACGAAGCAAAUGGUUGACUGGUCAAGACGAAGAGCAGGAAGAGAAGGGGAAACAGGAGAGAGAGAGAGAGAGAGAGAGAGAGAGAGAGAGGCGAGACUGGUUCAGGUUUUCCUGUUGCUGCAGAGGAAGUCGAGAAGAACGGCGUUUUUGCACUUGGGGUCCUCCUCGGGGAGCAUCACGUACAUGAGGCAUCGGGGGCAUGCGGCGAGCACCAUCGACGUCGCCUCGGGGCUGGUUUGGCACGGCAGCCCCUGCUCGGUCUCCGACGAUAGGCACGAGGAGGAGGAGGACGACGACCCACGGGGGGAGUCGACGACGGUGGCUGCCCUUCUUGACGCGUCUUCCCUCAUCGGCGGCGCAAGGUUCAGCUUCAGGUCAACCUUGUGACUCUUCCCUUGGUUGCUGCGGCGGCUCAUCCUUGUUCUCUGCAGGCAACCAUAUAACAGCAGUAGCAUCGGAAAAGCUAUCAUGUGCAUGGUAGACACCGAUACAUAUACCUAAGAAGCUGGAGGAGAGGCAGAAACCUUCAGCAGUAGAGAUUGACGACGAGUGGAUCGACGGGGAAGAAGAGUAAGGGGUGGAAUCUCCACCACUACGCGUGCACGCCGUUUACCAGUGUUGUGCUGGGGGAGAUGAGCCUCCGAUGCCAUUUAUAUAAGAAGGAUAUGUAUGGUAUUGUUUUGUGUGUGCCCACGUGAGAGAGGGAGAGUAAUGGCAAAAAAGAUGGAAACCAUAUUGCUCGGUCAGGCGGUGAAAAUUUGGAACAAAGAGAAGGGGUAAGGGGCAAAACAGAGAGUGCGCGGGUGAAGUGGGGCCCUCACCACUCCGUGAGUGGAGAAAGUACGCGGGUGAGAAAAGCUUGUGACGUUUACAGGGCACAUUAAAAAUACGCAACAAGGUUGACCGUGCUUCUUUA